AUGAAGAUCGACAUUGAAGGACUGGAAGUGGUGUUCCCGUACGAGCGCAUGUACCCGGAACAGCUGCAGUACAUGCGCGAGCUGAAGCGCGCGCUGGACGCGCAUGGCCACUGCAUGCUGGAGAUGCCCACGGGCACCGGCAAGACCGUGUCCCUGCUCGCACUCGUGCUGGCUUACAAACACGCCCACGCGACCGCGGGCAAGUUGGUGUACUGCACUCGAACAGUCCCUGAAAUGGCCAAGUGUGUCGAAGAGCUGAAGCGGCUUGUGGUGUACCGUAGACAACACUACGGCGCGCAAGCGCAGGUGACAGCUGUGUGCCUCAGCUCGCGACGCAACAUGUGUGUGCAUCCGAGAGUCAUGGCGCAUGCAGACGGAGAGGACGUUGACGGCCAAUGCAGGCGAAUGACGGCCUCCUGGGUGCGCGCGCGAGCUGCUCGAGCGACGACUGAAGCGCACGAUGCGCCAAUGUCGGAUGUAGCAGACGAGACGUCGGUCGAAACGUGUUCGUUCUUUGAAACGUAUGACGGCAGGAAGAGCGACGACAGCGUGUUGGCGCCUGGUGUGUACUCGGUCGAGGAUCUAAAAGAGCUGGGCAUGCAAAAAGGCUGGUGUCCGUAUUUUCUCACGCGAUACGCUGUCACGUUCGCCGACGUGGUGGUGUUUAAUUAUCAAUACAUGCUGGACCCCAAGGUUAGUCAGUUGGUUUCGCGGAGCUUUGAGAAGGAGAGCAUUGUCGUGUUUGACGAAGCACAUAACAUCGACAAUGUGUGCAUUGAAGCACUGAGUGUCGACUUGGACCGACGAGCGCUCGACAGAGCGUCGAGGAACUUGACGACAUUAUCCAGUCAAGUGAAUAAACUAAAACAAGCAGACAGGUCGAGGUUGGACGCAGAGUAUCGGCGACUUGUUGAAGGCCUUCGGUCAAGCAAUGCGGUAGUAGCGCCGACGUAUACAGAUCCGGCCACAAACAACGCAAUUGACACGAGUAAUGACAUCAUGCUCGCAAACCCAGUGCUACCGGAUGAUGUGCUGGACGAAGCCAUUCCGGGAAACAUUCGAAAAGCAGAGCACUUUGUGGCAUUUAUGCGUCGACUGAUUGAGUACUUGCGUCAGCGCAUUCGAGUGCGGCAGGUAGAAUCCGAGACGCCGCAAGCUUUUCUUCAUCACUUGCACCAGGCUAUCAGUGUGGACAUUAAACCGAUGAAGUUUUGCUACACGCGCCUGAACUCGCUUCUUCGCACGCUCGAGGUGACGAACUUGGAGGAAUUCAACUCCCUCACACACGUCGCAGACUUUGCGACACUGGUGGCUACAUACGCCGACGGUUUCAUGCUGGUCAUUGAGCCGUUUGAUAGCGGGUCAGGCGCUCACGAUCCCGUACUACAGCUCUCGUGCUUGGAUGCGUCGCUGGCGAUUCGUCCGGUGUUUGAACGCUUUUCCAGUGUCAUCAUCACUUCCGGAACACUGUCUCCAAUCGAUUUGUACCCGCGACUGCUGAACUUCAACCCGGUGAUCCGAGAAUCGUUGCCCAUGUCCGUCUAUCGCGCAAGUAUUUGUCCCCUCGUGAUCACGCGCGGUAGUGACCAGAUGCCCGUGAGUACCAAGUUUGACCUGCGCGACGACAUGUCCGUGGUCCGCAACUACGGAACGCUUUUACUGGAAAUGGCAGCUUGCACGCCCGAUGGUAUGGUCUGCUUUUUCCCGUCGUAUCUCUACAUGGAGAAGAUUAUCGGCCAGUGGGACUCGCUGGGAGUGCUUAAGCGCGUUCUCUCGAGCAAGCUGCUUUUCAUUGAGACGAAAGAUAUUGUGGAGACGACCCUGGCGCUGGACAACUACAAAAAAGCGUGCGACUGUGGCCGAGGGGCGAUCUUCUUUUCGGUUGCUCGUGGGAAGGUGGCAGAAGGAAUUGAUUUCGACCGUCACUAUGGACGUGCCGUGCUGCUCUUCGGUAUCCCUUUUCAGUACACGCUGUCGAACACGUUGCGGGCGCGGCUCGAAUACCUUCGGUACACGCAUCAGAUCCGCGAAGGUGACUUUCUGACAUUCGAUGCGCUGCGCCAAGCCGCCCAGUGCGCCGGUCGAGUUCUUCGGAGCAAGACCGACUACGGUCUCGUCAUUUUCGCUGACUCGAGAUACAACCGAGCGGACAAGCGCACGAAGCUGCCGCCGUGGAUCACCCAGUUUCUCUUGACGUCGCACUUGAACUUGUCAGUGGACAUGGCAGUGUUCAUGGCGAAGAAAUAUCUGUCGUUGAUGGCUCAGCCAGUGGACGAAUCGACCAACGUCAACUCCAUCUUGCUAGAUGCCGAUGGGGUGUCCAAGUGGCUCGGCAAACAUCCAAAAGAAGACGAGCCCGUGCAGUGGCACAGUAAGUAA